AUGGCGCUGGCAUUUGAUGUUGCCAGCAAUAUGGUCUCUGAGGAGGUAGAACAAUUCAAGUUUGCUUUAACGGAGACCCUACUCUUGCUCCCCGAAUUGGAUCAUGUCUACACUGCGGAGCUAUACUGCGCCAAGAACCCUCUGCAGCAAUACGCUGCACCAGGUUGGGAUCUUCCGUGGCCUGCGAACCAACAAGGAGCCCACUAUCACUUCGAGCGAGCUCUUUGCAGGAUUUUGGAGCGGAUUACCGACUCCACCCGUCCGAUCGAUGAGUUUGCGGCGGAGUUUAUCACCAAAUGUGCUGAUGUCACAGUACGAACGGAUGUUGCAGAGUUUUUACACAUCGCCCGUUCCCAGCAGGCUCUCAUUGCCAGAGACAUUCAACAAUUACGUCGCGAGAAUUUCCUUCGCGCCAAAGGAUUGCAGCCGGCACCCGAGAAGAAGAAGGGCGUUACCAUCUCCAAGGAUACGAUCACCGCUGACAUUAAGGCUGCAGAGGACUAUGCCAAAGCUUAG